AGAAGUCCUUUGCGGGCUCUCGCAAAUGUGAAAGUCAUCUAUUUCCGGGACUUAGUUUGUACGAGCUAUUCAUCUUUAGUCCUUCACAGACGCACCGAAUAGUCAAAAACAUGUCUUCACCACCCAAGAGAAUGAAGCAAACCGAUAUAAGGACUUCCCUAAGUCGUGUGGGUAACAGUACAAACCAGACUGCCAGAGCCCCUGUCGCUGAGGACGCGUCACAGGCUAGUGACACCGCUCAGGAAAGGAUGGAUAAAGUGCCUAAGAAAGAAGUUGCAGAUGAAUUCUCUAAAGACCAGCAGCAGGACAAGGAAGAGAAAGCAUUUAAGUAUCGUUUAAACUCUAUAACAUAUUCAGUACAUUGUGAUCCAUCCAUGACUGUAUUAGAUGCUCUUAAUACAAGUCGUGUUUUCAAGCAAGAAAAAGAAAAGCCAAAGAACAAAGACAAACAAGUACUUAUUCUAACAUCAAAAAAAAAAAUAACUAGAGCAGCUGUGAAGACGGAUUUCCCCUGCUGUCUCAUUGACAACGAUGAGAUUAUAGAUGUAAACUUCAUUCAAAAUGAUGGAAGUGCUUCUACGAACCAAAAUACGAAUCUGCCACCGUCCAGUAGACCUGACAUGUUUGUCAUCUUCUACAUUAAAAAAAGAGGAGGAGACAAAAUACAAUUGUUACUAAAGAGCGAAGCACUGAGAAAGAGAGUAGAAUAUGUUUGUGUAUAUGCACACAAAGAAGAGAGAUUGAAAACUGCUCUCAGGCGUGACGGGCGUUUCAACAACAACAUGUUCCAGAAACACUGUGCGCUCUCUGAGUUUGGUACAGAGAGCAGACAUGAAAUGUCACAGCCGGUGAAACAUCUCGACCAAAAGAUUUUUAACGUAAUUGUUCUCAGUAACACCAAACAGCCCGAUAGUCAAGAAGAUUUCACUCUUUCAGUCAAGACUGAACCUGAAGUAGCUUCAGAUGCUGAUGAGGCAGAUGAUGCUGACACCAGGCAGACACCUGUGAACACCGAGCACGAAACAAAAGAAAAGAAAAGCCCAGUGAAGUCCACAAGACCAUCACCUUCAUGGUCUGCCCCUGAAAAAAUUCCAGAUUCUGGAGAGAUUCUGAAACUUCUGCGUGAGCAGUAUGCAGGUUUACUACAGCAGCUAAAGCAGAGAGAGAAGCUCAGAGACAACGCUGAGGUCAAGAAGUUCUUCAGAGCAGAAUAUGAUAAAAGUGUUCAGAGUUUCUCAGAAGUGAAGAAAGUGAGAGAGAUCAUGAGACUCUGUGACUCUGUGUGUCAGAUCAGAAGAGAGGGGUCUGCCAGAGGAACGGGAUUCUUGCUCUUCGACAGGUUUAUUCUCACUAAUGCACAUGUGAUUGGUGAAUGUCACGCUUCAGGUUUCACAGCUGUGUUUGGUUAUGAAGACCUGGACCAGAAUACCAAGAAAAUACCAAUAAAAGACAUCACGUGUUUCUUUAAAGGCGAAGAUGACAAGGGUAACCAUCUCGACUACGCUCUUCUUGAAUUUAAUUCAGACGAUGACAUGGUUAAGUAUCCUCAAUUGCUCAGUCAUUACAGACAUAAAACACCUGAUAACAGAAGUGAGAUCUGCAUUGUGGGCCAUCCAGAUAGUCAGGUGAAGAAAAUGGACCCGUGUUUUGUCAUUGGUGGAGACAAUCGAUUCGAGGCUGCAGAUGAACAAGUAUCUAAAAAUAUCAGUGUCUAUCAUGUUAUGAAACAAGAGUCCUUGAAGCAAAAAUGGGAUUUUCAUAAGAACCAGAUCUCUUAUAACUCUUGUUUUUUUCAUGGAUCUUCUGGCUCUCCAGUUUUUGAUGCAGAUUGCAAACUGAUCGGUAUUCACACCGGUGGCUAUGUGUACACAGAAAAUAAAACUAAAAGUGUGAUGGAAUACGCCUAUGCCAUGCAGCCCAUCUUGGACAACAUCAAAGCAAAGGCUAGAGUAAAAGGCAGGCAAGACAUUAUAAAUAUCUUAGAAGGUAAAAUCAGAAGUGAUGUGUCCAGCACGGCAGAGCAACAGAAUCACACAGACGUUGAGAUGGGAAGUGGAGAAGACUCCUUUGAAUAAACCUGCAACACAUUUCUGCUUCUAUCUCUCUGUGGGACAUUACUGCAAAGAUGACGUACAGAGAUAAACCGAGAUUUGUCAGUCCCAUUGAUCAAAAUGAUUUUUCUGACAAAAAUAUCAUUAGCAUUCCAUUUUUUCCAUAGAUGUGAACUCAUACAAUCAAAUAAAUUAAACACGCUGUCUUAUUAAAAACAUAAAAAUGCCGAAAGGUUUGAAUGAUGGUUAGGUUCAAGGAAAAGUAUAAACAUCAUCUAUAAGCACGUGUAUACAACACUUGUUUCCAGAGAGUAUGUACACUCAUGCAUUACUCACAGUUUUCUUCCAUUUAUUAUGUGUAUUUUAUUUACAUUACCCAUUAAUUCAAACUUGUGUAUUCAUAUAUCCAUGUCGACAUCUGCAUUCAUACAUUUUUAUUCUUUUUUAUAGAUACUUUAUAUGCGUAUUCACAAUUAUUUUACCGUGAUUUUUAUCUUCAUCGAACAGUUGACUGAUUUAUUCUUACAGUAACCAUUUCAUCAUCUUAAUCUGUUUGGAAAUGUGAUGUUAAUAAAGGGAAAUUCCCAAAAUUGACAUGAGUAUUCUCGUU